AGCCCUGUCAGAUCGGCGAGUGCGCGGACCGAGCCGCAGCGGAGGUAGAGCGGAGGUGGGUACGGAUCGCGGCCGAGCCGAGUCGAGUCGGAGCAGGUGAACACCAUGCUGUCGCCCGAGGCGGAGCGGGUGCUUCGGUACCUCGUGGAGGUGGAGGAGCUCGCCGAGGAGGUGCUGGCGGACAAACGGCAGAUUGUGGACCUGGAUACCAAAAGGAAUCGGAACCGGGAGGGCCUAAGGGCCCUGCAGAAGGAUCUCAGCCUCUCUGAAGACGUGAUGGUUUGCUUUGGGAACAUGUUUAUCAGGAUGCCUCACUGUGAAACGAAGGAAAUGAUUGAGAAAGAUCAGGAACAUCUGGAUAAAGAAAUAGAGAGGCUCCGGAAACAACUUAAAGUGAAGGUCAAUCGCCUGUUUGAGGCCCAAGGCAAACCGGAGCUGAAGGGUUUUAACCUGAACCCCCUCAACGAGGAUGAGCUUAAAGCUCUCAAGGUCAUCUUGAAAGGAUGAAAUUUAAGAACCAAAGUGGGGGACCUAAGACCAGCAUCCCCCCUGGGAUCAUGGAGGACCUAGAACUCUCCAGCCUUGACACCUGCAAGGACAGGAUCUACUCUGCAAGGGGACAGUUGUGAGGAAUCUGGCCAUAGCCCUUGUACGAAGCUUCUUUGUCUGUAGCACUUGGCUAUUUUGUGAUGGCAGGAGGGAACCCUCAGCCUGCCAGUAUCUGCCGGGCCUGACCACUGGGGCUGGGUGGACACAAGGCCCAUUGACAGGCCCUGGCAGCCACCAGGAGGUGGGAGGGGGCAGCGCUUGUGGGGGUGUGAGAGUGACUGCAACAGGCACUUCUCAACAAUGGCCUGCUAUUGAAAGGGGCCCCGGGCAGGGGGAAGAGUGGGAGCUUCAUUCCAGCAUUCCUCUCAGAAAGAGAGAGAGGCAUUUUCAAGCAGUGUGUGUAACGGAGUUGGAAUAAAGCAGGAGGCUCAGAGGAGGCUCCUGUCCUCAAUGAAGGACAGAAUCUUGGUGCUUCAUGGUCCGCCAUAGGCAGACGCACAGUCCCCCUGCACUGCCUCCAUUUGGGCCCAUCUUCCUGCGGCUGCUCUGGAGUCAGGAAGGCCUUGCAGAGUCCUGCACCAGAGGUGGGUGAGGGGCCGCGUCUUACUGUGCUGCACUUGUGCAGGGUGCGCCUCCACCGGCUCGGGCCUGGGCCAGUGCUGCUCGGAGUUCCCAUCUGCCCUCAGGGUCUGCGAUCCUGAUGGGAAUGUGCCGUGAGGGGUGUCUUUCGUGUGCCUCGAGGGCUCAAUAAAUGUUACCUACGUGAAUGAA